AUGAAAUUCUUCUCUGCUGCUGCCUUUGUCGCUGCUCUCGUUGCUUCUGGAUCCGCCUGCAUCGGAGGAGGAGGUGGUGGCCAAUGCUGCCCACCAGCUCAGCCAGGAUGCUCCAACCCAUGCCAAGGAGCCGGGCCACAGUAUGCUGCUGCUCCACCCCCUCCACCACCACAAUACGCUGCUCCACCACAAGGAUAUCCAACUGCUGGAAAGUAA